GUUUCGGCCUUUUGUACCAGUAUACCAGUAUAAUACUACAAGAAACUGUGCUAAGCGUCAUUUGAAUUAAUAAUAAUACGUAUAAAGAGUACAUGUGUGUAGCUUUCAGUGGGUUGCAGGUCAUGUUUUGACAGUUUAAUGAUACGUGAGAGCACUGAAUGUUUCAGUUAUCAUACUUUAUGCGGGGACGGUAAAGAAGGAAAAGUGUUGAGUGUAAAGCGAGAAAUGAAGACGGAGCACCGCACUUGUUGCGCGUGCGGGGAGCCCAUCGCAGACCGCUUCCUGCUGGAAGUGGGCGGCGGCGCGUGGCACACGGGCUGCCUGCGCUGCUGCGUGUGCGCCGUGCAGCUCGAUCGACAUCCCUCCUGCUUUCUGCGGGACCGCCAGGUCUACUGCAAGCAGGACUAUGCCAAGAGUUUUGGCGCCAAGUGCUCCAAGUGCUGCCGAGGCAUCUCCUCCUCAGACUGGGUGCGCAAGGCUCGGGAGCAGGUCUACCACCUCGCCUGCUUCGCCUGCGACGCCUGCGGCCGACAGCUGUCCACUGGCGAACAGUUCGCGUUGCAUGAAGACAGGGUGCUAUGCAAGCCACAUUAUUUGGAAACUUUGGAUGGAGGAUCCAUUUCUUCUGAUGACGGCUGCGAUUCCGAGGGGUAUCACAAGAGCAAGGCGAAACGUGUCCGGACGACCUUCACAGAGGAGCAGCUGCAGGUUCUCCAAGCGAACUUUCAGCUGGACUCAAAUCCAGACGGGCAAGACCUGGAGAGGAUUGCACAGGUCACGGGCCUGAGCAAGAGGGUCACACAAGUCUGGUUCCAGAACAGUCGAGCACGCCAGAAGAAGCAUCAGCACACGGGCAAGGGGAAGCAAAGUCAAGCGAUGUCCCGUGAUGCGGACCCGGUGGGGUUUGGCCGGCCUAUCAACCUCCACCUUACGUAUUCCUUCCAGAACAAACCGCCUUUCGUCCCGAUCGAUGGCACUUCUUUCACGGACUCUUCAAUGGAUGAGCUUUCAGAAGACUCGUCUAUCCACUGCAUGCAGAGUGAAGUCUGAGCUGUACCGAUGCAGAUCAUUCUGCCCUUGAUUUUUGCUCUAUGGAGGAAGAGAUUUGAUUUGUCUAAUGUGAAUUGUAUCCAGGUGUGCGAACACCUUUAUUUAUGAAGUAUACCUAGCGAUUAGUUGUUUGUUGUUUGCUUGUUUGCAGUGAACGACAAAACAUAGAAAUAUUUUGUAUGCUCCGUUAAAGCUUAAUGAAAUCUCUAAUAUGGGACGCGGUACAUAUACUUGUACUCUACCGCAUGCGUGUUCAUAUAUUUUAUAGCGCUGUAAUUGUCACUUUGAGUCGGCUAGUUACGGCAGCAGCCAAUGUUGUAUGACAUAGCUUGAUAGUAGGUACGAACCAAUCAUGAGACUUGCGAAUUAAACAGUCGUGCGUAAGUUUGGGGGUCUAUUUGGGCUUAUUAUUGUGGGCUUCUGUGCUUUAUCGUUCUCUGCAUAUUUGUACAAUGCAACCUGCAAUAUGAUCUAAAAAUGAUAUGGAUCACAUAGGGUUGCUGGAUCCUAUUACGUAUCCCCACUACUACGUCCCUGGCAUUGCAAGGUUACGUGUAAAUACUACUUUGUACUAAGCAUCAUGUUUACCUAUACAUACUAACGAUACCUACCUACUAUGCGCUAGAUGGGUUAUUAUACAAAAAAUAGUUUUCUAUGAAUUUGAUCAAGUUAUAAUAAAAUUAAAAGCGAAUUGCAGCCCGCAAAUAUUUUUGUUUGAAUAAUCCGUCUAGUUUGAAUAGUCCGUCGUACAUAGACGUCGUUUAUCAAUACUAUAAUUACUGAAUACUUGAAGAAACAAAAGGAAAUUACUAUAAGGUAAUAAUUUAUAAUUACUUACACAAUUAUUUUAAACGUGUAAAUAUGUUAAGCUUAAUAUCGUGUCGAAUUUUUCACGCAUAUGUAAAAAUAUUUAUACAAAUUAAUUAAAAGCAAAAACAGAUUUAUUUAAGGUAUGGGCAGUCCCCUAUUGUAAAAAGUUUUAUUUAUUUAUUUAUUUAUUUUUAAUAACUGUGAUACGUUCAAAUGUAAUGUGUUUUGACUAUCAAGCAGUUUUGCAUCGAAAGUGGCAAUACUGGCUUACGCUAUAUAAAUAUAAAUAAUAUAGUGCCAAAAUAAUAUAUUUGAAUAUAUAACAUGUAAUGUUUAAUCAUGUGUACGUAAUAGAUGUAUAAUUAUACAACUAAGACAAGCGCAUUUAUAUUAUUUUUUAACCAUCUUAUUAAAAAGUCAUAAUACCUAUAGCUUGUCUAAGCUGAAAUGACGCACCCCACUUCAAAAUUAAGUUGAUUUAGAUGUGUGAAUGCAAAUAUUAAUAACAACACUCCAUCUGUGUCGGAGUGUUGACUUUUCCGUGAACUAGGAUCUUGUGACUAGUCUCGUGACAAAAUCCGACAGCGCUCACUGUAUGGAGCGCGCUGGUGCAUUGUAUGGAAAAUGCGUCCGCUUUCGCGCGCGUUCAGAUCAUUUAUGACUAGUUGGACAACAAAUCCGACAGCAAAUGAGUAAACUUCUUUACUUGUGUGCGUAAAUUGCGGUAGUGCGGCGCGUCAUUUCAAAUUAGACAAGCUAUAUCGUUUAUUUGGAA